AUGUGGAACUGGAGUUUCACGGAUCCAAGCACGUCCGACGGAGAUAACGGCGAAAAAAGCGGUGCGAAUGACGGCAAUAACAACGCGAACGAUGGUCAAGGCCCCUCGGAUACCCAAGAAGUGCCCAGUGGGCAAGGAGGCUCAGGCGGCGGCGAUGGCACCGACGAGCCCCCCACGCAAGACGAGCCUUUUGUGGAUCAUUCACCCGCCGAACCGCCUGCUGCAACCGACGACCCGCCUGCUACAACCGAUGACCCGCCUAUUACAACCGAUGACCCGCCUAUUACAACCGAUGACCCGCCUGCCACAGCCGACCCGCCUGCUACAGCGGAUGAUCCGCCUGCUUCAACUGAUGAUCCGCCUGCAACAGACGACGCACCUUCGCCCAGUGAUGACGAUUUUACAGACGACGGUUCUAAUCCCGCAGAUAACGACUCGAACCUUGCUGACCCUCCUACUAGCGACGAUAGGGGAGACGGCGCGCUGUUUGACCCGACUCAGGAGACGCCAGGAGGCGCCGGAAAUAAAAGCGCACCUUCUGAUCCUACUGACGUAGGUGGCGAUUAUGACGAGCAACCGAAAUCGAGCGGGGGCAGCGGGAAAACUCCGAAGAAGCAAGCGCCGCAACAGGAACCCGCGGACGAGCAAAAGCCGCAACAAGACCCCGCGGAUGAUGAUCCUCCGCUCGCGCCUUACGCACCUUCCGCGCCUUCCGAACCUUCCGAACCUCCACCGCCAGGGACAAACCCCGAGUACGGCAGCAGCGGCGGCGGCGGCUACGGCGACGGCGGGCAGGGGGGAGGUUCUCCGCGCAAGCCGAGCACCGCGGCGCCCGGUUAUCCUCCGCCGUCCUCUUCGGAGGUCCAGCACGAGGGGGAGGGGGAGGAUGAGGAAGAGGAAGAGGAGGAGGAGUGCGAGUGCGAAAAGGUGGUGAUGGGUAACGCGUGCCCGCCGUCGACUCUCCAGGGUUAUAAUUACUCUGCGCAGCUCUACGACUCAAAGCUCAUUCUGCAUUGGAACGUGGAGGGCUGCACCGUGCACAUGGCGCUCGAGGCGACGCAAGACAGCUACGCGGGGUCGGGCUGGCUCGGUAUAGGCUGGUCCGAUAACGGCGAGAUGGCCCCCGCUGACGCCGUGAUUGGUAACACCCCGGGUGUAGCUGCGUACGAAAUGACUGGUUACCGGCGAACGCAGGUGUUUCCCACCAUGAACUUUUCGCUCGGGUUCGACAAGACUGUUGAGGCGGCGCCGGAUUGCUCUACCAUCGUCAAGUUUUCUCGGGAGAACGGCACUGGGUCGCAGUCGAUAUUCCACAUCGAGGGGAAGAGCUGGGUGGUGUGGGCGCACUCGCGCAACGCCAUGACCACACUCUCAUACCACGGCGCUGCCAUGGGCAUUGCAAUUGUGGACUACUCGUGCCACUACCCUCCACAGAUCAUCCGCGCGCCGCAGAGCAGAACGCCCAGGCCUUGCAGCAUCAACUGUAAAGACGACGACGAUGAUGACGAUGACGAUGACGAUGACGAUGAUGAUGAUCAUAGUAGCGGAGGAUGUGGGUGUGCAACGUGCGAAUGCGGAGUGUAUGAAGAGCAACACAGGGUGGCGAGGAGGGCACGCCGGUUCCUGUUCCACUGGCGCGAGCCGGGCGAGGCGGGAAUAGCGAUGAUGGCGGUGGAGGCGCGAGCUGGCUUUGGCGUAGCCAAGGGCUGGUUCGGCGUGGGAUGGUCGCGCGACGGGGAGAUGUUUCCCGCGGACGCGAUCGUGGGUAAUUUACCCGACGCAGAUGUGCGCAUGUACAGUAUCCGUGGAGAGGACCCGGCGCUCGUGGCGCCCAACGCGUCGAUCGCGCUGGGGUCGAAUGCGCGGAUGGUCGUGCGGGACGACGGCACGAAGAUUAUAAGGUUUGCGCGGCGCGGGACCGACGGGCUGGCGCCGGUGAAUAUGAAUGGGCGCAACACGAUGUUCUGGGCGUACUCCGCGGAUGGCGGGACCGAGCUGGCUUUCAAAGGGGAUAACGUCGGAAUGGCAACAGCGGACAUGUCCUGCAGGCGCGCGAAGGCGGAAGACCCGGCUGGCGGAGCUGUGCCCGCGCCAACCCCCAAGGCCUCCCCAGUUCCCCCCGAGGCUUCCCCAGUCCUCCCCGUGGCUCCGCUUCCGCUUCCGCCCAAGCUGUCCCCUGGCGCGGGAAUGGACGGAAGUGUCAAGAAGGAGUCGUCUACGGGGGGGUUGCCUGCGGCUGGCACUCCUAAACCCACUAUUCCCGCGGCCGGCACUCCUGCGGUCGGCACUCCCGCGGUCGGCACUCCCGCGAUCGGCACUCCCGCGGUCGUCACUCCCCCGGUCGGCGCUCCCGGGGCUGGCACUCCCGGGGUCGGGACUACCGUGGGCGGUGCUCCCGGGGUCGGCACUCCCGGGGUCGGCACUCCCGGGGUCGGCACUCCCGGGGUCGGCACUUCCGGGGUCGGCACUCCCGGGGUCGGCACUCCCGGGGUCGGCACUCCCGGGGUCGGCACUCCCGGGGUCGGCACUCCCGGGGUCGGCACUCCUGGGGUCGGCACUCCUGGGGUCGGCACUCCCGGGGUCGGCACUCCUGGGGUCGGCACUCCCGGGGUCGGCACUCCUGGGGUCGGCACUCCCGGGGGCGGUGCUCCUGGUGGCGGCACUUCCAAGGGCCGCAAACCCCAGGCCGGAACGGUGCAGGUGGGUGUGGAGGCAGUUACUCACUCUUCCCUCUCCCCUUCGUCCUUCCCCCGCACCCUCCUUCCGCCCAGCCUCCUCCUGCACUGGAACCCCCCCAAGGCGUCUGGAAAGGUGCAAAUGGCUGUGGAGGCGUGGCCAGGUCCGGCAAGCGCGGGGUGGUUCGCCGUGGGGUGGUCCGCAACGGGCGGAAUGGCGCAGGCGGACGCGGUCGUGGGGAACCUGCUGGGCGGAAUGGUGCGCGGAUACGCGCUCACGGGGCACUCCCCCGACGCGGUGGUGGGGAGCCGCGUGAUGAAGCUGGGGCAGAACAAGGCGCUGAGUGCCACCGCUGAGGGCAGCACGUUGAUGGAAUUCACCCGGAAUGCCACGGAUGGCACGGUGCCGUUGAACCUGACGGGCAAGAACAGGAUCAUCUGGGCCUUCUCAAGCGACGGCGCCCACAAGCUGGGCUACCACGGGUCACACAAGGGCACGGCCAUCAUGGACCUCUCGUGCGGUAGCGACCCUGUCGCCCCGCCCUCAGCUGCUGCUCCGGCCGAACCUCCCGUGCCACCUGUUACCAAGCCAGUUCCCAAGCCAGUCACCAAGCCGAUUAUCAAGCCUCCCGUCACCAAGCCUGUUACCAAGCCGAUCAUCAAGCCACCUGUUGCCAAGCCUGUUAUCAAGCCUCCUAUUGCCAAACCUCCUCUCCCCAAAACUAACGUCACCAAACCACCAGUUACCAAGCCUGUCAUCAAGCCCCCUGUUGCAAAGCCAGUCACCAAACCUCCCGUGACCAAGCCUGUUACCAAGCCUCCAGUUACCAAGCCGCCGGUGGUCCCCGCCCCAGAAGGUUCGGCAGGAGGUUCGGCCUGCCAAGCAUCUUCCCUUCCUGGAUACUCAUUCGUGGCACCUUUGGUGCGGAACAAGUUGGCGCUGCAUUGGGCGGUGGCGACCCCCACGCUCGUGCGCUUUGCGCUGGAGGCGCGGCCGGGGAGUGGCGCGGAGAAGGGGUGGGUGGCGGUGGGGUGGAGCGAGACAGGCAAGAUGUUCCCCUCGGAUGUCAUCAUUGGCAACACGGCAGGCGGUGCCAUUAGCGCCUACACCAUCACAGGUCGCACCCUCGCUACAAUCUCGCCCACAUCCGCCUUCGCUAUUGGCGCCCCCACUAUAGUCACACUCGCGCCAUCGGCCAAUGGCGCGCCGGCAGGUGGCGGGAUUGGAGUGGCCGAAGCUCCAUUAGCCAGUGGGAGCACGAUUCUGCGCUUUGCCCGGACCACCAUUGAUGGGCUUGCGCCUGUAACGCUGUCAGGUGGUAACCGCAUCAUCUGGGCUUUCUCGGCUGAUGAGACACAGACUCUAGCCGGUCACGGCCCUCUUAACAGGGGCUCUGCCGUGGUCUAUUUCAACUGCUCCCCUGCCAACUCCCAUGGCUCCGCCCCUCUGCCGCCUGCUCUGGACGCCCCAGCAUCGUCCGCAGCACCGUCAGCACCAGCAGUAGCAGCGCCACCGUCAGUGGCAGCACAACCGUCAAAACCAGCAGUGCCACUACCGUCAGCACCAGCACCGGCAGCAGCAAAACCAGGAAAACCGGCAAAAGCGUCGGCAGCAGCAGUGGUGGCUGCAGAAGCAGCAAUGGUGGGAUGCUCCCCCUCUCCCCUGGCGAAUUACACUUGCUCCUUGAAGCUCAAUGAUGACAACUUCAUCCUGCAUUGGAAGGCGCUCAGCAAGACAACUGUAGCCAUAGCAGCAGAGGCAGCAACGACGGGGUACCUCUCCCUGGGCUGGUCGCGGGAGGGUCGUAUGGCGCCCUCAGACGUGGCCAUUGGCAACCUGCCGUUCGGUGCCAUCGCCAACGGGGCUGCGGUGGGCGCGUUUUACAUCGGCGGGUACGAGGAGAGCGAGGUGGUGCCUUCGGGGGAUUUCACGCUCGCGAAUACGUCGGUGGAAACCAGCAAUGGAAGAACCAUCAUGAAGUUUGAGCGCUCCACAACGGACGGCACGGCGCCAAUCAAUGCAGAGGGCAGCACCACAGUCAUCUGGUCCUUCUCUGAGCAGCCAUCUCUCAGCUUCCACGGCUCCAACUGUGGUUCGGCCUCAGUUGCAUUCAUCAACGGCACGUCCGCCCCAGUGACCAGCAGCAACAGCAAUAAGAAGGCAGUGCUCUUGGCACACGGCAUCAUGCUCGCACUUGCCUACGCGCUGCUCAUGCCCCUGGGAGUGCUGCUCGCGCGCCUCUUCCUUUAUGACCGCCCCACUCUGCCCUCGGAUGAAGACAAGGAGAUGCACACCAACAGGGGCCUCUGGUUCCUCUGCCAUAAGUACAUUCAAAUCUGUGCCGUAAUCCUGGUGCUAGUGGCGGCCAUAAUGGUGUUCAUAGUGUCAGGUUCCCAGGGCCUGGAGUGGACACAUGGCAAGCUGGGAGUGGUGGCGCUCGCCCUCACAUUCGUGCAGCCCUUCUUGGGCUUGUUCCGCCCCGACAAGGGCACGUCCAACCGCCCCGCGUGGCUGACCUUCCACUGGGCGAUGGGCAUCGCGGCGAUUGCCAUGGGCUGCGCCAAUGUGUUCCUUGGGAUUGACGUGUACGGGCAGCUCUAUGGCGGCAACCAGGAUGAAACAGCGGAGCCGGCACUGCUGCAGGGGGAACCGGCGCCCCUGCAGGGGGAAGCGGCGGAGGAGGCGCUGCUGCUGAGGGGAGCGGCGGAGGUGGCGCUGCUGCUGAUGGGAGCGGCGCAGAUGCUGCUGCAGCAGGGGGAAGCGGCGGAGGUGGCGCUGCUGCAGGGGGAAACGGCGGAGGUGGCGCUGGGGUGGGAAUCACGAGCGAGGCAGGCAUCAGAAACAAUGAAAAAUCUGGAGCGGCACCUGAACCUUCUCGUGGACCAUCAGGUGAACCCUCAUGUGCACCUGAAGCAGCACCUGAACGCACUGUUGCACUCACGCCUGCACAUGCAGCCUCAGGUGCUGUCGCAGGUGCCCCCUCAGGUGCUCCCUCAGGUGCCACCCUGCCCAGCAGCGCAUGUGGAGCAGCCCGUGCAGCCCCAACGGCCCUCCACGUGUCCAGGGAGCCAAGCACCCAGAGAGGCAGGGUGGGGCAAUCUCUGUCCGGGCACGGGCAAUUGCCGUCAGGCAAAGGGAGAGUUGGGUCCCCCUCAAGAGGGGAGGGGGGUCAACUGGGAAGGAUGGGGAGAGGAGGAGGAGGAGGAGGAAGAGGAGGAGGAGGAGGAGGAGGAGGAGGAGGAGGAGGAGGAGGAGGAGGAGGAGGAGGAGGAGGAGGAGGAGGAGGAGGAGGAGGAGGAGGAGGAGGAGGAGGAGGAGGGAGGAGGAGGGGGAGGGGGAGGGGGAGGAGGAGGAGGAGGAGGAGGAGGAGGAGGAGGAGGAGGAGGAGGAGGAGGAGGAGGAGGAGGAGGAGGAGGAGGAGGAGGAGGAGGAGGAGGAGGAGGAGGAGGAGGAGGAGGAGGAGGAGGGGGAGGAGGAGGGGGAGCAGGUGGGGGCGGAGUGGAAGGGAGUGUGGGCGUGGGAGCAGGGAGGAGGAAGGCUGAAGAGGGUGGCUGUGCAGCAGUGGUGGAUGGGCAGGCAUCUGCCAUUCUCACAGUGCUGCAGCGCGUACAGCCCUCAGAGCUACCCGCUCUCCUCGCAUCGCUCUCACCGCCUGUGCUCUGCGCUGUAGCUGCUGCCACGUCAGCUGCUGCUACAGCUCCUCCUGCUGCCACGCGCGACCCCAUUGGCCGGCACUUCUUCGAGUGUGAGUAUAAGGGGUGUGACGCUAAGAGGAUGGUGGAGCAGUGCCCCCAGCAGCCAGAGGACGGCAGUGGGCGGCUGUGGAGUCUGCGAGACAAGAGGAUGGUGGGGCGCUGUCUGCAGCAGCCUGGCGAUGGCGGUGGGCGGGUGAAUCUGCUCUUCACGUACCUGGGGCUGCACAGGCAUGGUGCUGAGGAUUGCCACACUGUGGUCUCCCCCCCUCCCCCCUGUUAUAAUCACAGCCUGGCGGAUUUAUUACCCAAUCACCUGCGGGCAGCAAUGGAAGCGGCCAUCACAAGCAGUCUCGACACCGUAGUGGCCACCGCCAACACUGCUACCUCUCUUCUCUUGAUGCUACCCUCCCUCCCCCCCGCAGCCUGGCUAGUAGAUCUGCUACCCAACCACCUGCGGGCAGCCAUGGAAGCGGCCAUCACAAGCAGCCUCGACACAGUAGUCGCCACCGCCAACACUGCUCUCCAGGCCCUCCCCAGCAUCGUCCCCAUCGAUGCUGCCGCUGCCUGCUGA